AUGGAUCGACAAAUAACGGCGGAGGAGUGGGAGGAUUUCUUGAUGAACUCACCAGAUUUGGGCGGUGUGGAUGGGGAUGAGGAUCAGCAGCCUGUCAGGUCCACCCCAGGACGCUGUUCCGGGGCCGUGCCGCGGCGAUGGUGCUGCGGUGCUGCGCCGCCGAGCCCCGCAAGCGAGAUGGCUGGGGCCGACUCCGCGCUGUUGCCGGAGCACGCGGCGGCGCUGCUGCGGAGGCGGCGGCGCGGGGCGGAGCUCCGGCAGGGUGCCGUCGCAAGCGAAGGUUGCGAGGUGGCGAUGCGCCGCAUCUGCGCGUGGAGCUGCGGCGCGUGCGCGGCCGUCCCCCGAGCACGCGACUCCGACGGCGCGAGCUUGAUGGGACCUCGGCGCAGCACGGCUCCACGAGCAGCUGCUCCCCCGGCGCGGCGCCCAUCAGCCAUCAGCUCGUGGGGCUGCGCCGCUUGCGGCCCGCGAAAAUUCGCGAACGACGACUAA